GGGGGUUUGAUGCGAAGAGGCAUGUUUAACGAGCCCACUCUCAUCUCAUUGUCAUAGCACAUCUUAUCAAAUGAACAGGUGGAGGUAAAAGGCAUGGACGCUGUAAAAAAACACAGAAAAACACGUAUUUGUGUCGCUACACGGGGAGUGGUGAGGGGAGUGAUUUGCAAGUGCACCCUAAACUGCCGCAGACGGGGAGCGGCGGUUGGACCUCGCUCGAGCGCUGCCGAGGUGGAGACGAGAAGAAAAAAAAAAAAAAAAAAAAAAGGUGCGCGUUUAGUCGGAGUGUGGUAUAUUUAACAUAGUGCCGGUUGGAAAAAGCACUUCAAACCGCACAGAUAGAAGACAGGAAAAAAGUUGCACCGUCCCGCCCGUCCGCAACAAACCGAGCCACCAUUAUCGGCAGCAGAAAGCGCUUUUCGAGCCCCAAAGUCGGCGUUGAGCGAAGGGGAGGAGGACUCUGUCAAGUUAGCAAGAUAAGGGGCGAAGUAGCCCGGAAGUUGAACAAUUUUGCUUUCAAAAUAAGAGCGUGUAAAUACGCAUUUGCCGUUGAGGGUUUUAUUUUGGAAGCCUGAGCUGGAAAUUGAUGUUUUCUUUCUCACCGGCUUGUACAUGUGGGAGUGGGUGAAGGGGGGAAAAAGUCUCAAACACCGCGGAUGUAGUAGCCUGAUGGGGGACGCUGGGACAUUGUUGACGAGACCAUCGCAGGCUAAACACUGCGUCUCCGGAUCGAGUCUUCACAUACACAUUAUGUCCGCCCAUGACGACAUCUCACCCCUUCCGUCUGCACUUUAACAUAUGCCCAUCACUAUGUUUUAGCAACACAUUAUAGUAGUACCGGAGCCAAAGUACUCGUAAUAAAAGAUACAUUCAAGUCCAAUUGUGAAAACUACGUCUAUAUUUCGAGUGAUGGACGAUUGCCGACGCAGUGCAUAAAAGUCGAACCCCUAGAUCCAUUGUCGGACACGCAGCCGAGCAGCCCGGUCACGUCUAAUGCUUGGUGGUGGUGGUGUGGCCUCUCGUCCCAUAACAGCGAUAUGGCAUCACUUCUCCGUGCUGGGGCAACUAUUUGUUAUUUAAGAUGAGCCACGUCACUGCAAAGUUACGAGAUAUGUAAAGAGCCGAACUAACGUGAAGCGACCGCAAAACUGUCCGUCCAGCGCUAGCUGGUGGAUGCCCGAUCUAUCCGAUUUGGGUUAAGCCGAGAUCAAAUCUACUUUUGUCCUCUGAAAGGCGUGUGUGUCGCUACAAAAAAAACAACCGAAUACGUUUGAUUACUUUGAAACAUGCAGUUUCUCGGGGCGUGUUACCCUGAUUUUUUUUACUUGAAUAUGAGGGGGUUAGAUGUAGACAGUGACGUGUCCGAUAACGGACUCAUUUGCGUUACUCUCUCUCUGUGUUUCGGUGGCUCGCGCUGUAAAUCUUUGACCCGGUGCAAAGUCAAAGUAGACCGGUGAACGAGGCGCCUGAUGCUCGCUGCGGUCGUUGAUCUGCCCGUCGAGUUAAAGCUCGGGUUUUUCUUUUUUCUUUCCUCUGGUUCUGCUCCGUCGAAAGACUACAGACACAAUGGCGAGGUCUUUGCCGCGGCUCGUAACUCCAUGCGCACUUUAGAGGGAAUUUCAGGAAAACCUCAAACGCCUCCCAUCGGCCCCCUUCUGUACUCCCCCCCGUGCGUUUAGAAAUAUCAAUCAAGAAAGGCCUGCAAAGAGCGGGACGCCGCGAGCACGUCGGCUGUUUUUCACGUGCGCCGAGAGGAAAACAAAUCGUGCAGGAUUUUGAGCUCCUCGGGGUCAUUCGUGGUGUUUUCUCGUGACCGUGUCUCGGUGAAACUUGUGUGUGAAAUGCAGCGCGAUGAGCGAAUGCCGUACAAGCGGCUCUCUUUUUCUCUCAGGAGCGGGGCGGGCUUUAGUGCGCUCUUGUGCUUCACUGCUGGGUCUGAGACACGCAGUCGCACACACAAGGUACAUUUUUUUUCGCUCGGGGCGCCGUCGACAACGGACAACUACUUGUAUGCCGCCACAUAACGUCGCGUUCACAUGUUUGAUUGCGUGGGAAAGGCGGCUGUUCGGUCGAAGCGGUCCAGCAUGCGGUGUGAACGCGCGGCACCGUGGAAAAGGGACAAAGCAUUGAAAGGCAAUAAUUUACCACCACAGCGGUCACAUUGCGACAUCUGUACGAGCGUGCUUUCAUGUGACACGCUCAGCCCACAACUGGCGGCGGACACCUCGAUGGUGAUCGACACAGACAGUAAUGCAGACGAGGAAGGGGCUGAUGAGAGCCGGGACGGGCAGGACGGACCCUCUCCUGGCCGCACGUACGAAGACGCCGCCGUGCGCUGUGCCUCUGUGCGAGCCGCCUCGGCCCCCUGCUCCCCCUCUGGCACUCGGCACGGCCCCGGCUGUGGCCCCGGCUCCGGUCUGGACUGUGCCACGUUCCAGAAGGUUGGUGAGAGGCCCAGCUCCUUGCCCCCCUCCAGCCCCAGAGCCCUCACACACAAUGACUGGCCCUAUCACUCUGCUGUCUGCCCAGUGGAGCGCCAGCACCCUGGAAUGCAGAGAGACAAAGCGGCAGCCAUGAAGCCAGCAAUCCACUCUGCAGCUACCAGCCCCUGCACUUUAAAGAACCGGGUGAAGAAAGAAGAUGGAGGCAAGAUGGUGGAUAGCAGCCUUCUGUCUGACCAGUUGGUACCAGACUAUGCUGCAGGCCCGGACGAGAGCAAGAAUGUAUCUGAAGGACGACCACAGGGACUGCCUUUGCCAUCGGACAACUGUACAUUGAAGAACAACGUAGAUAUUUCCUCCUUCACAGCAGACGAAGACAGUCUUCUGAACGGCGAUAAAGGGGAUGAAGUCUCUGUGAAGAAGGAGACGAUGAGCCAGAACUUAAUGCUGUGGACUGUGGCAGAUGUGGCCAGUUACUUCUCAGCUGCAGGCUUUCCAGAGCAGGCCGUGGCUUUCCGAACACAGGAAAUAGAUGGGAAGUCCCUCCUCCUGAUGCAGCGGAGCGACGUGUUGACCGGUUUGUCUAUCCGACUCGGCCCCGCCCUCAAAAUCUAUGAGCGCCACGUGAAGGUGCUUCAGAGGACCCACUUCCUGGAAUACGAAGACCUCUGAAGUGGUGAUUCACAUGACAGACAGACAAUGCUGCAUUGACCCCCCCCCCCCCCCCCCCUCCAAACC